AUGAACAACAAUAAUAAUCCACCAGAGCUCAGCCAGACCUCCGCCGCCGGUGACACCAAAUACAAAGGUGUACGACGGCGGAAAUGGGGUAAAUGGGUAGCGGAAAUCCGCCUCCCCAACAGCCGCGACAGAAUAUGGCUCGGUUCCUAUGACUCGCCGGAGAAAGCUGCCCGUGCUUUUGACGCUGCCCUCUUCUGCCUACGUGGCCGACAAGCUAAGUUCAACUUCCCCAACCAACCACUGCCCGACAUUCUCGACGCUCACUCCCUCACUGCCCAUGAAAUCCAACAGCUGGCAGCUAAAUUCGCUAAUGAUUAUGAACACUCCUCCAGUAGUGCUGACCAAAACAACGCCGCCGUUGACCGUCUCCAAGCUCCUCCCGCCACCUCCGACCAAAACAUUGACUGGUCAUUCCUCGACAACCUCGACGCAGUUGACUACACUCCAGACGCUUCUAAUCUCUUCCCGCUUUACAACGACGACUUUGAUAACAUAUUAACCAGUGAUUUUUACCAAUCCCCGAAUGACCAUUACGACGAUGAAGACAGCAUCCCCGCCGGUCAAUCGUUUCUCUGGAACUUUUAAACCCAUCAUUAAAGAACCCUCUUUUU